CCAACCUCUGGCUUCUUUUGAAAAUUAGAUGGAAAUGUAAACAAAUCUUUUACUGAAACCACGCGGCCUUUACGGUUUGAAAAGCUUUCCAUGUCGAAUAGGGGAUUUGAAACAGAUUAGCAAAGUUUUGUAUUUUUCACGAGUCAAAUGUUUUGAAAACGAGCUCUGUUUACAAGUGAAGAAAUGCAUUCAUACGAUCAGGGCGAACAGAAACCAAUAAAGACAGAGUUUAUUGAAGAUUACAGUGAGAACAGGAGUGAUCCAGAACCCUUCAGUGUGAAGAAUGAAGACACCGAAGGACAGAAAGGUCCGAUGGAAGACAGUAAGGAGAGUGAAGAACUGAAUGAAUUGGAGGACAAACAACACAUCAAAACUGAAGAAAUAACUUUAAGUUGCUUUCAGAUUGAAAGUGAAUUUCCCCUGACGCAAACAGCUAACAAAAAAUUCACCUGCUCUCAGUGUGGAAAAAGUUUCUCAUAUAAAGUAAGUCUUGCACGUCAUAUGACCACUCAUACUGGAGAAAAGAAGCACACAUGUGAUCGGUGUGGGAAAAAAUUCCCAUACAAAGGAAGUCUUGCACAUCACAUCAGAAUUCACACUGGAGAAAAGAACUACCUAUGUGAUCAGUGUGGAAAAAGAUUCCUGUCUAAAAAAAGGCUUCAAGCUCACAUGAGAAUUCACACUGGAGAAAAACCUUUCGCAUGUGAUCAAUGUGGGAAGAGGUUUCGAAUUAAAGGACAACUUAAACGUCAUAUAGCAAUUCACAGUGGAGACAAACCACAUACAUGUACUCAUUGUGGGUGGAGGUUUACACAAAAAGGACACUUAAUUGAUCACAUGAAAAUCCACACUGGAGAAAAGCCGUACACAUGUGACCAGUGUGGGAAGAGUUACCCAUUCAACGCAAGUCUUAAGAAACACAUGGUUGUUCACACCGGAGAGAGGCUGCAUACGUGCGAUCAAUGUGGGAAGAGUUUCGCAACAGGGGGAGCUCUCAAUGUUCACAUAAAAAGCCACAGCGGAGAGAAGCCGCACACAUGCGAACAAUGUGGGAAGAGUUUCAAGCAGAAAACACCACUUAAUAAUCACGUGAAAAUCCACACUGGAGAAAAGCUGCACACGUGUGAUCAGUGUGGUAAAGGUUUUCCAUAUAAAGCAAGUCUUAAACAUCACAUGAGCAUUCAUAGUGGAGAAAAGCCACACACGUGUGAUCAUUGCGGGAGGAGCUUUGCACAAAAAGGAAAUCUUAAAGAUCACAUGAAAAUCCACACAGGAGAAAAGCCGUACACAUGUGAUCAGUGCGGGAAGAGUUUCCGGUUCAAAGGCCAUCUUAAGAAACACAUGGCAAUCCAUACUGGAGAGAAACCACACAAAUGUGAUCAGUGCGGGAUGUGCUUUGCAUGCAUUGGAGUUCUUAAUAAGCACAUGGUAGUCCAUUCUGGAGUAAAGGCGCACAAAUGUGAUCAGUGUGGGAAGAGGUUUACACACAAAGAAAGUCUCAAACGUCACAUGAGUCUUCAUAGUGGAGAGAACCUGCAGGCGUGUGACCGGUGUGAGAAGAGUUUUACGGACAAAGGUCGUUUUAAUGAACACAUGAAAAUCCACACAGGAGAAAAGCCACACGCAUGUGAUCAGUGUGGGAAGAGUUUCUCGAUAAAAGGAAACCUUAAAGAUCACAUGAAAAUCCACAGUGGAGAGAAGCCGUACUCUUGUGAGCAUUGUAGGAAGAGUUUCAUAUCCAACGCAAAACUUACAAAGCACAUGAAAAUCCACACAGGAGAGAAGCCGUACACGUGUGAUCAGUGCGGGAAGAGUUUCACACAGGCAAACAAUCUUAAAAUGCACAUUCGCUCUCAUACUGGAGAAAGACCGUAUAACUGUGAUCAGUGCAGCAAAACAUUUGCCGGACCAGAAAACCUGAAGAACCACCUGAAAGUUCACACACAGGAGAAACCUCACGUGUGUUUGUGUGGAAAGAGUUUUCCACGACUGACUGCUUUAAAGUUACACCAGAAAAGGCAUUGUUCAUACUGUGACGAGAUUUGAUCCAUAUUGGAAAAAAGCUGGACAAAUGUGCAUGGAGAGUUUUGCACAAGUAAAUCGUCUUAAAUUAUAACUGU